UCAAACCCCAUUAUUUUUCGUACCACACGCUCACACUCUUCAACUCCCACAACAAACUGGUUUUCUUUCCUUUCCUUAAUAAUCAUAAUCUCAUCUUGCAUUCGUUUUAAAUUCGAAUCAUCUUCCUCUUCACGUUAUUCUUGCUUGCCCUUUUAGGUAUCUGUGCAGUUAAACAUCGCCAAGUACAUGAAAAGAUCCCCUUAACCCUCCUCCCAAAUCCAAUUUCUCUAAACAAAACAAGCCCCCAAAGAAGAAAACAGAGCACCAAAGAUGAGCCACAGAAAAGUUCAUUCACAAGGGAGCGUACCCUUUUCAUGGGAGGCCAUGCCCGGCGUCUCCAAGGUCACAAAUCAAGACUGCCCUGCAGAUUUUGGGGUUGGUGCCCUUAACUGCCUCUCUGCAGAAGAAGACUCUGGAGAUAGCCCCAAUAAGUUGGCGAACAAUCCUGAGAUAAAGAUUCCUCUGCCUCCAUGCCCAUUAUUGAAGGUUCCGAGUAGAAGUAGUUCGACGAAGGGGUUUAGAUGGCAUGUAGAAGCAGACCCCUUUCUCCUGGCUUACAAAGAGUGCACCAAAAGUACAAGCACUUUGAAUAAUAAUUCAGGUAAGCUGCCUGGCAGUGAGAAUAAUAAGAAAGGUUUCGGUGCAAUUGGGUGUAAAGUCAGGAAGAGCAGGUUCAAUAUGUUUUCUUGCAAGAAUUCAUGUGAUGUGAGAGAGAAUAAUUUUGUAAAGCUGUCUCAGCUUCCUGCUCUCCCGAGAGACAGAAGUGGGUCAACCAGAUGAAAAUUGAUGAUGGGUGUUUCUUCGUUUCCACAAAAGAUGUAGUUACAAUUAAAUUAGGAGAUUAUUAGCUGCCAAUAUGUCUUAUGUUCUUAACUUUGGUAAUAUAUACGGUUAAUUAGUGAUGCUAAUGUCAUGGGAUUUUUUAUUAUUACAAAUUUGAUUUCUUCUUUUCUUUA